GGCGAAUUUUGUUAUGACGUGUUGAUAAAUUUCAAAAUUUAUUUUAACUACACUUGGAAAUUUCUAAGCCGUGUUAAUUGUUUUAAAAAGGACAUUUAUUACCAAAGCAAUGAGAAAGUUGAAGGGUGUUGUGAAGGAAACGGCCCGUCAGAAACGCGAAAGGAAGCAGGAAUUCGCCAAAAUGAGGCAACAAAUCCACACAAUCGUCUUGCCAACUUUCGCCAUAAUAUUUCUUCUAAUCUGCACUUACGUAUACUUCAAGACCCGACCCACAUCAAUGCAGUACGCGUAAAAGUUAAAUAACGUAAAACAGUGUAUAUAGUAAAUUAUAUUUGUACAUUACUUGUUUCAUUGGAUUUUAAGAAGUGUAUUUAAUAAUGCAAGGUUGUGAGCUUCAAUGAAGAAAGUGAAUGUAAAAAGUAAAAACAAAUUCAUAAUCGAAUAGUUAAGAAGUAUUUCAUACAAUAUUCAGGAGAUGAUGUUCUAUACCAUAUUGUUUACAUUCCAGAAUAUUUAUUACAAAAUUUAUGUAAAUAAAUAGAACAUAAAAUUAUAAAAAUAUAUAUUUACAAUAUUGCAUGUUGUUAUUACAAAACCGUUUUAUAUGUGUAACUUGUUAUGUUUUAUUC